GACAUAUCUCCACUUCCUACUCCGUAGAAUGUUCCGUUUCAAUUUUCAGUCAAAUUCAUACAGCUCACGCUCUUUUAACCAUCGCCAAAUUUAUAUAUAGGAAAAUCAUACAUUAUUACCACUUAUUUCACACAGCUCACACUCCAUCCUCUUCGGUUUCAGCGUCUACGCAAGAGGGACUCUCUCUCUUUCCCCUCCCUCAUCGCCGGUCAUCGUCCCAACCUCCCUCGGCGCCUCCGCCGAAUCUCCUUGGAAGAGGAAACUGACAUAUAGAAUAUGAAAAUUGGAAGCGGAACUGGGUCAGGCGCAGGAAUCAGGAGGAGAGGCUGUUCAUGCACAAAAGACGAUUUUCUCCCUGAGGAAUCCUUCAAGAGUUUUAACAACUAUGUGGCUGCCCUGAUGCAGACUCCCACCCGGUUCAUGGACCGGAUUCUGACCCGGUCCGGUGACCAGGCGGAGCUGGAGGUGAAGACUCGGAGUCAAAAUGAUAUGAAGAAGACACUCACGUGGUGGGACCUUAUGUGGUUCGGCAUGGGUGCCGUUAUUGGCGCCGGUAUCUUCGUGCUCACCGGCCUCGAGGCGCGUGAUGACGCUGGACCGGCUGUGGUGCUGUCGUACGUCGUUUCGGGUGUGUCCGCCAUGCUCUCGGUGUUUUGCUACACGGAGUUUGCUGUGGAGAUCCCUGUUGCAGGUGGCUCAUUUGCUUACUUAAGGGUGGAGUUAGGUGACUUCAUGGCCUUCAUUGCUGCCGGAAACAUCCUCCUCGAGUACGUGAUUGGUGGUGCUGCGGUGGCCCGUACCUGGACAUCCUACUUCGCCACUCUUUGCAACCACCAAGCUGAAGAUUUCCGUAUCACUGCACAUGGUCUAGCACAUGGCUACAACCAACUUGACCCCAUAGCUGUUGGUGUCAUCAUCAUCAUUUGCAUCAUAGCCGUUCUCAGCACAAAGGGCUCUUCCCGUCUCAACUACAUUGCAUCAGUUGUCCACGUUCUGGUAAUUCUCUUCAUCAUAAUCGCUGGCCUCAUCAAAGCUGACACCAAGAAUUACAUCCAAUUUGCACCCAAUGGGGCUCGCGGUAUCUUCAAGGCUUCUGCGGUGUUAUUCUUUGCCUAUGUUGGUUUUGACGCGGUUUCCACCAUGGCUGAGGAGACUAAGAACCCUGCCCGGGACAUCCCUAUUGGGCUUGUGGGCUCGAUGGCGAUUACCACUACCCUAUAUUGCUUGAUGGCUAUAACUCUAUGCCUAAUGCAAGAUUAUAGGACCAUUAAUGUUGAUGCUCCAUUCUCGGUGGCAUUUGAGAAGGUAGGGAUGAAGUGGGCUAAGUAUGUUGUUGCUGCCGGUGCUUUGAAGGGCAUGACAUCGGUGUUGCUGGUCGGGGCUGUGGGCCAGGCCCGGUAUCUGACCCACAUUGCACGUACUCACAUGAUGCCUCCAUGGUUUGCUAAUGUUGAUGCAAAGACAGGAACACCAGUCAAUGCAACAAUUGUCAUGCUUUUUGCCACUGCUGUCAUUGCCUUCUUCACUAGCCUUGGCAUUCUCUCCAACCUCCUCUCAAUCUCCACAUUGUUCAUCUUCAUGCUGGUGGCCGUUGCCCUUCUUGUUCGCCGCUACUAUGUAAGUGGUGUGACCACUCCAGCAAACCGUAAUAAGCUCAUUAUGUGCCUCCUGCUCAUAAUUGGCUCCUCAAUCGCCACUGCUACUUAUUGGGGUCUAAGCGAAAAGGGUUGGAUUGGAUACUGCAUAACCGCCCCAAUUUGGCUCUUGGCAACAAUUUCUCUCUGGGCUUUCGUUCCCCAUGCCCGUGAUCCUAAGCUUUGGGGUGUUCCAUUGGUGCCAUGGUUGCCAUCAGCAUCCAUUGCCAUUAACAUUUUCCUUCUCGGGUCAAUCGAUAAGGAUUCAUUCAUAAGGUUCGCAGUCUGGACAUGCUUUCUCUUGAUUUACUAUUUCUUCUUUGGACUGCACGCGUCGUAUGACACUGCAAAGGAGUUUGAUGGACAGAAAGUAGAGAACAGCGUGCAGUGGAGGAAGAUAGAGGAGGGGAAUGUGUCAUAUGUGACUAAUUCCGAGUUAGGGGGUGUUGCUGGUAACGAUGCUACCAUAGCUCCUAGUAGUUAGAUUUGUCUCGAACUGGUGUGCUGAAUGUGUGCAGUUUUCUUCUCUUUUUUCUUCCUGAAUGUAUGAAGUACCGUGAAAUUGGAGGAGAUGGUAUAACCCCGCAAUAUAAGCAGUUUGAUUUAUUAGUAUACUUCCCUUGAUCAUUUAGACACCAAGAAGGUUCUGUUAUUAUAAGCAAGGGAUUACAUUUCGUUUUGAACUGGCAAAAUGUUUCCGUUUCUAUUGAAGCCAAAACAAAUCUAAUUUCAUAUCAA